AUGGACUCUUUUGCAAGGCUGCCUGAGGAAUGCAUCUCCAUCGUUCUGUCAUUCACAUCGCCCAUGGACGCGGCAAGAUUCUCAAUUAUCUCACACGGGUUCAAAUCCGCUUCUGAUUCUGACAACGUUUGGAAUAGGUUUUUGCCACCGGAUUAUCAGCAAAUCAUCUCCACAUCGGUUUCUCCAGUGCGAUAUGCCACCAAGAAACACCUAUAUUUUCAUCUCUGUUAUUCCCCUAUUCUCCUCCAUGGAGGCAAUACAAGUUUUUCUCUUGAUAGAAGGAAUGGAAAGAAGUGUUAUAUGCUAGGAGCCAGAGAACUUUUACUAUCAUGGAGAGGGUGCUGGAGCUGGACACCACACCCACAAUCCAGAUUCUCUGAGGUGGCCCAGCUUAAAUGUCCUGGUUCUAUCCAUAUUCGGGGCAAGAUAAAAACUCAGACGUUGUCAUCGAACACUGCUUAUGCAGCAUAUCUAGUAUUCCGCCUUGCAGAAAGAUUUAAUGGCCUUGAAUCAUCAAGAACAGUGAUUAGAUUCGUCUAUCCUCAAUUGGAAAACAGUGUGAUUUUAACUGUUGAGGGCACUGAGAAACUUGAAUCAGAAGGAACAGGGAAAAUUGCACAAGUGAGAGGGGAUGGCUGGAUGGAAAUAGAAAUGGGAAAAUUCUACAAUAGAGAAGAAGAUAAUAGAGAAGUGGAGGCUUGGUUGAUAGAGAUUAAUAACCCUGGUGUAAAGUCAGGUCUCAUCGUUGAAGGUAUCGAGUUUAGACCUGUUUAG